AAACAUAAUUUUGCACAUUGAACGAAGAAUUUUAUCAAGAAUUGAUUUUGAAAAUAUUUUUUUUGUUUUGUUUUGUUUUGAAAAUGUUUUCAUCAAUUAUUCUGUUUACGAUUAUAGCGAUAAUCGUUAUCAGUGCUAUCUACUAUUGUUAUAUGUAUUAUACAUUCUGGCAACGACAAGGAGUUAAAGCACGUUUAGGACCAAGUUUUGGUUGGAUACGAAAACCUUUACAUGAAUUUUUUUAUGAAGAAGCAAAAAAAUAUGGAAAUAUUUUUGGUUUAUACGGUUUCAUUGGACAACGAACAUUAAUAGUUAAUGAUCCAAAAAUGGUUCGUGAAAUAUCGAUAAAAGAAUUGCAUAAAUUUCCAAUGCGUUUUGCCGGUUAUAUGGGCGAAACAUCGAUGGUCCAUUCAUUGUUUAUGAUGCAGGCAAAUGAUGAUUGGAAACGUAUUCGAACAAUCGUUUCUCCGGCAUUUACAUCGGGUAAAUUAAAAGCGAUGAUCACACCUAUCAAUAGGAUAUUGGAUAAUUUUGUUCGCAAUUUGGAUAAACAUGGUGAAAGUGGGGAAAUGUUCGAUGUGAAAAUCUAUACUAGCGCGUUGACCAUGGAUGUUAUUGCUUCAUGUGCAUAUGGAAUUGAAGUCGAUUCUAUUAGUCGACCAAAUCAUCCAUUGAUUAAACAUGCUCAACGAAUUUUGAGCCACGAUGUUUCAAUUAAACAAAUUAUUUGUUUUGUUAUACCAUUUUUGGCUAGAUUACUAAAUCUAGAACCAUUUGAUCGGGAAUCGACUAAAUAUUUCGAUGAUUUAACUUUUAAAAUAAUCGAAGAACGUUUGAAGGCGAAAAAUCAGAAAAGCAAAGAUCUUAUCGGAUUAAUGGUUGAACAAACUUUGAAUGAUCAAUCUGAAUCUAAUGAAGUUGAUAAAAAUGAACGAAAAUUAAAAGGAAUCAGCCGUGAAGAGAUUGCCGGACAAGGUAUCAUAUUUUUUCUUGCUGGUUACGAUACCACGAAUGUUACAUUAUGUCAUAUAAUCUACUAUUUAAUUAAACAUCCUGAAUGGCAAGAUAAAUUGUAUGAUGAAUUGUGUGCACAAGAUUCACCUUUAGACUAUGAAUCAUUAAGAAGUUUGCCUAUUUUGAACGGUGUAAUUUGUGAAACAUUGAGACUUAAACCACCAUUGACCACUGUUCAACGAACAGCACAUGAAGAUACAACAUUAUUGAAUACCGGUAUCAAAAUUCCAGCUAAAACAGCGAUAAUAUUUCAUCCAUAUAUCAUACAUCGAAUACCCGAAUAUUAUCCUGAUCCUGAAUCAUUCAAACCGGAACGUUUUAUUGGUGAAAAUUCAAUGGAAUCUUCCAUUGCUUUCCUACCGUUUGGUUCUGGUAAUCGUCUUUGUGUUGGCAUGCGUUUCGCUCAAAAUGAACUUCGUGCUGCUGUUGCACAAUUAAUUCUUCAUUAUCGUCUAGUACCGGAUCCUAAUCUGAAACUAGAAUAUUUUUAUGGAAAUGAUAUACUAUCACCAAAAAAGGUGAUGAUACGAAUAGCUAAACGAAUUAAAGCAAAUUAUUGGCCAAAUUUCGGAUGGAUGAGGAAGCCAUUACAUGAAUUUAUCGAAGAAGAAGCAAAAAAACGUGGCAAUAUUUUCGGUAUAUACGGUAUUGGACAACGAGCAUUAAUACUUAAUGAUCCGAAAAUGGUUCGUGAAAUAUCGAUUAAAGAGUUGCAUAAAUUUCCCAUUCGUUUUGGUGGUUAUAUGGGCAAAACAUCUAUGGUCCAUUCAUUGUUUAUGAUGCCGGCAAAUGAUGAUUGGAAACGUAUUCGAACAAUCGUUUCUCCAGCAUUUACAUCGGGUAAAUUGAAAGCAAUGAUCACGCCUAUUAACAGGAUAUUGGAUAAUUUUGUUCGUAAUUUGGAUAAACACGGUGAAAGUGGUGAAAUGUUCGAUGUGAAAAUCUAUACAAGUGCGUUGACCAUGGAUGUUAUUGCUUCAUGUGCAUAUGGAAUUGAAGUCGAUUCGAUUAGCGAAUCAGAUCAUCCAUUGGUCAAACAUGCUCAACGAAUUUUGAGCUUGGACGUCUCAAUUACUCAGGCUAUUUGUUUUGUAAUGCCAUUUUUUGGAAAAUUACUCAAUCUAGAUCCAUUUGAUCGAAAAUCGGCUAAAUAUUUUGAUGAUUUAACUUUUAAAAUAAUCGAUGAACGAUUAAAAAUGAGAAAUCAACAAAGCAAAGAUCUUAUCGGACUAAUGGUUGAACAAACUUUGAAUGAUCAAUCUGAAUCUAAUGAAGUUGAUAAAAAUGAACGAAAAUUAAAAGGAAUCAGCCGUGAAGAGAUUGCCGGGCAAGGUAUCAUAUUUUUUCUUGCUGGUUACGAUACAACGAAUGUUACAUUAUGUCAUACAAUCUACUAUUUAAUUAAACAUCCUGAAUGGCAAGAUAAAUUGUAUGAUGAAUUGUGUGCACAAGAUUCACCUUUAGAUUAUGAAUCAUUACGAAGUUUGCCUGUUUUGAACGGUGUAAUUUGUGAAACAUUGAGACUUAAACCACCAUUGAUCACUAUUCAACGAACAGCACAUGAAGAUACUACAUUAUUGAAUACGGGUAUCAAAAUUCCGGCUGAAACAUCAAUAAUAUUUCAUCCACAUAUCAUACAUCGAAUGCCCGAAUAUUUUCCUGAUCCAGAAUCAUUUAAACCUGAACGUUUUAUUGGUGAAAAUUCAAUGGAAUCAUCUAAUGCUUAUAUGCCAUUCGGUAUUGGUAAUCGUCUAUGUGUUGGCAUGCGUUUUGCCCAAAAUGAACUUCGUGCGGCUAUUGCACAAUUAAUUCUUCAUUAUCGUCUGAUACCGGAUCCUAAUCUUAAACUUGAAUAUUUUCGUGGCAAUGUUAUACUAUCACCAAAACAGAUGAUGAUACGAAUAGCUAAACGAUAAACAAAACAAAAAAAAAUAAUUUUACUCAUCAUCA